GCCAUACAGAGAGAAGUACCGGAAAGUCUGAGCCGACACCCUCUUUCUACUGAUUGCCAGUCUAACCGAUCGCCAGUUCAGCUGAUUAGCUGGUGAACUGAUUGCCAGUCCAACUGAUUACUAAGCUGAAUUGAUUGCCACUUGAGAGAUCUGCAAGAUGAGCACGCUCAGAGAGAUAUGCUCUGGGUUGCCCCUGGACCCUCUGCCUCCGCCCAGGUCGAGGAACCCCAAAAUUGCCCACGCUCCCAAUAGAAGUGCUCCGCUCACAUCGGAAGAGACCGAGACGGCCCUCAAGAAUGCUCUACGGUAUUUCCCUCAGACACUUCAUGAAACGCUUGCGCCGGAGUUCGCGCAGGAGCUUUCGGAUUACGGCCACAUCUACAUGUACCGCUUCGUGCCCACCAUUGCCAUGAAGGCGUACCCGAUCCACGAGUACCCGGCCAAGACGAAGCAAACCGCCGCCGUGAUGCUCAUGAUCAUGAACAACCUGGAUCCGCAGGUGGCUCAGUUUCCCGAGGAACUGGUCACCUACGGCGGCAACGGACAGGUGUUCUCCAACUGGGCACAGUUCUGGCUGGUGAUGAACUACCUGUCCAAGAUGGACGAGUCGCAGACGCUGGUCAUGUACUCGGGCCACCCUCUCGGCGUGUUCCCGUCACCCCGGCCAAGUCCUCGAGUGGUCAUCACCAACGGAAUGGUCAUCCCGAACCACUCUUCGCGCGAGGACUACGACCGCAUGUUCGCCAUGGGAGUCACCAUGUACGGGCAGAUGACUGCGGGCAGCUAUUGCUACAUCGGGCCGCAAGGAAUUGUUCACGGAACAACGAUCACUGUGAUGAACGCUGGACGCAAGUAUCUCAAGAUCGACGACCUCAGAGGAAAGAUCUUCGUGUCAUCUGGUCUCGGGGGCAUGAGCGGUGCCCAGGCGAAAGCAGUCGUUAUCGCAAACGGCAUUGGAGUCAUCGCAGAGGUUUCCCGGGAGGCCACCUACAAACGUCACCGGCAGGGUUGGUUGAAUGAGGUCGUCGAGGACAUUGAACAACUGAUCAAGAGAAUGAAAAAAGCAAAGGCAGCGAAGGAGAGCGUGAGCAUCGGUUACCUUGGAAACGCCGUUACUAUGUGGGAGCGUCUAGCGAAGGAGCUGGAGAACACAGGCGAGCUGCUUGCCGACUUGGGAUCAGACCAAACGUCCUGCCACAACCCCUUCAACGGUGGAUACUACCCUGUGCAGCUUAGUUAUGAGAAGGCAAACGCCAAGAUGAAAGAAGACCCAAAGACCUUCAAGAUGCUCGUGCAGGAAAGCCUUCGGCGACAAGUGGCAGCCAUCAACAAGAUGGCGAAGAAAGGCAUGGCCUUCUGGGAUUACGGCAACGCCUUCCUCCUCGAAGCCUCUAGGGCAGGCGCUGACGUCGGCCACGACGGCAUCAAGUUCCGUUACCCGUCCUAUGUUCAGGACAUCAUGGGGGACAUCUUCUCCCUGGGCUUCGGACCAUUCAGGUGGGUUUGCACCUCGGGGUCUAAGGAAGACUUGGCGCUGACGGACAAACUGGCCACUUCCGUGCUCAAGACCCUGCUAAAUACAAACGUGCCUGAGCACGUGAAGCAGCAGUACAAGGACAACAUCAGGUGGAUCGAGAAAGCGGGCGAGCACCAGCUGGUGGUCGGCUCCCAGGCGCGGAUCCUCUACUCGGACAAGACGGGCAGGACGCAGAUCGCCCUCGCCUUCAACCUCGCCGUUAGGGAAGGGCGGCUCAAGGGGCCAGUCGUGAUCAGCCGCGACCAUCACGACGUUAGCGGCGCCGACAGCCCGUACAGAGAGACAUCGAACGUGUACGACGGAUCAGCCUUCACUGCAGAUAUGGCGGUCCAGAACUUCGUAGGAGACGCUUUCAGAGGAGCGACGUGGGUUGCACUUCACAACGGCGGAGGCGUUGGCUGGGGUGAAGUCAUCAACGGAGGAUUUGGCUGUGUCCUCGACGGAACCAAGGAGGCGGACAGUCGCGCGACGACGCUUCUCUCCUGGGACGUCAACAACGGGGUAUGUCGCAGAAGUUGGUCGGGCAACAAGUACGCCUAUGAGACUAUCCAGCGAGCUAUGAAGGAUGACCCGGCUUUGUUGGUGACACUGCCAAAUGAAGCAAACGACGAACUCAUUAAGAAAUUGGUCGGAAGGAAGAAAAACGUGGGAGCAGGCAACUUUAGCAUUGGCCAUUGCUUUCGAGCGUGCAUUUAA